CAGACCCGACCCGACCAGAAACUCUCCACGCACGCACGCGACCUGAAGUCUGAACCCUAUCCUCGUCCUCACGCACGCGAUGGAGGAGCCGCCGCCGGCGCUCGCCCGUUCCCCGCCGCCCCUCCCCCAACCUCCGCCGUCCCUCCCCCAACCUCCGCCGCCCCUCCACCAACCUCCGCCGCUGCAGAUGGUCCUCGCCGACGUGUCUGAUUACCCUGCCGCUGCUCCUUCAACGCCAUCAGCGGAACCGUCACCGGCGAUUCCCCUGCUGCUCGCGACGCUGCCGCCGCUUUCGGCCACGGCUGGGCCUCUCACCCGACCAUCCUCUGAGUCUUCGACAGCCUCCGCCCUCACAGCCUCUCCCUCCAAGCAUGUCGCCCAGAAACGUAGGAUUGGGAAUUCCGGCGAGGUGAACAAGGUCGAUGCAGCUCCUCUGCUCGAGAUAUCCAGGCCCAUGGACGACGACAUGGAUGAGGACUCCACAUCCCUCUCUGCAAUUUGUGCUAGGAUGAUACAGUCAUGUAGCUACACGGUAGAGGUACAGGUGUGUGGCACUGGUGGGAAUUCUACAUUCUAUUGGGAGAUUGUUGAGGGUACUAGUACCAACAUGAAGGAUCUGAUGUCCUGCAUUGUUGGAACUUUCUCUUUUCCAUUCUGCUCAGAGGACAAAAUAUUACUUGAGUACUUUAACUGCUUUACUGGAGAAUUUAUUUCUGUGUCAAGUGAUGAAGAAUGCAUGAAAAUGUACCAGAUUUUUCAUCAGAAUAGAAGUGGUCAGUUGAUCAUCAAACAUUGUGACUCAAAUGACAUUGUUGAUGUUCCAUGUGCUCCUUCUAAUCAAACACCAUCUAUAGCACUGCCUAGUAAACCAAGUAAUGAAAAUGGUGAAGAUAGUGUAUCUCUUACAGAUGCAUAUUUAGCUAAUCCACAUGAGGAAUAUGAACAUGUUGGUGUAGAUGAGGAGAACCAGUACUCAAUUGGUAGUGCUGGUUUGGAUAGUGAUGAUGAGAUUGGAGAAAAAGAUAUACCAAAUAAUGAGUAUGUCGAGGAUAGCAGCGAUGAUGAGGAGUGGGUUGCGGAAGAUGCUAGACCGGAUGUUGUUCUAGAAAUAGCUUAUGAUAAAGAUAACCCACCGAUGCAUAUUGGCGCAAAGUACCCUAAUAUUCAAGAGUUUAGGUUGGCAAUUGCUACAUACGCCAUAAAGAAAGAGUUUGAAUUUAAGGUUGAAAAAAGUGAACCUAGUCGAUUCAGGGCUUAUUGUCGCCGGGGCAAAACCUGCACAUGGAGAAUUCAUGUUGGGAGGUUGGAUGACCAAGAAACUAUGGAGAUCAAAGUUCACGUGGAGGAGCACACAUGUUCUAGCACAAAGAAGAAAAAGAAGCAACGUAGUGCUUCAAAGGCAUGGGUAUGUGACAAAGUCAUGGACUGGGUAAAAGAAGAUCCUAGUGUUCGCCCGAUGGAGUUAAGGAGGAGGCUACUUGACAAGUACAAGAUCAAGAUCCAUUACACAAAGGUAUUCCGUGGCAAAGGGCUAGCAAUGGCUAAGUUGUUUGGUGAUUGGGAUGAUUCUUUUGACAAGCUAUAUGCCUGGAAAGCUGAGGUUGAGAAGAGGUCUCCCGGAAGCAUAGUUGCCAUCGACCACAUGGAGUAUGAUCAGAAAAAAUAUUUCAUACGGAUGUUUGUCGGAUUGAAGCCUCUAUGUGAUGGAUUCUUGGCUGGCUGCAGACCGUUCUUGGCGAUAGACAGCACUCAUUUGACAGGCAAGUAUAGAGGCCAAUUAGCUACUGCUUGUGCUAUUGAUGGGCACAAUUGGUUGUACCCUGUAGUAUAUGGAGUUAUCGAUUCAGAAACUACUGAAAGUUGGGUGUGGUUUAUGGAGAAGCUUCGUGAGGCCAUUGGUUGUCCCCCCGGUCUAGCUAUAUGUUCAGAUGCAGGAAAAGGGAUCGAUACUGCAAUAGAACAAGUGUUUGGGUAUGCAGAACAUAGGGAAUGCAUGCGGCACUUGGUUGUGAACUUCAAAAAAAAGUUUCAUGGUAAAGUUUUUGAUGAUCAUUUGUGGCCAGCUGCUUAUUCAUGGACUCCUCGAGCUUUUGACUAUCACAUGGCAGCCAUAGAGGAGAAAAAGGCUUCUGCAAUAGCAUACUUAAACAAGUACCACAACAGGUUAUGGUCAAGGAGCAAAUAUUCAACCUCCUCAAAAGUGGAUUAUGUCACAAAUAAUUUGGCUGAGUGUUUCAACAACUGGAUCCACAAGCACAAAGGUCUAAUGUUGUUUCAGCUCAUGGACAAGAUUAGGAGAAAGAUUACCGUCAAACACGAGAAGAGGAGAAGGGUGGCUACUAAAUUUCAAGGUCGGCGUAUACUUCCAAGUGUCAUGAAGGAGCUGAAUGACAAAAGUAGGGGCCUAGAUAUUGAUUGUGAGAGAAUAGAUGACAUGACUGCAGAGGUGAGUGAGAGUGCUGCGCUAGGUGGCAAGCGCCACAUCACUGAUCUAGCAAAUAGGACAUGUACAUGCAGGGCAUUUCAAGUCUCCGGGAAACCUUGCAAGCAUGCAAUCAGCUUUAUUACUGGAAUUAGGGGAGUCACCAUAGAAGAUUUUGUUGAUGAUUAUUAUAGUGUUGCCAAGUUCACUGCAACUUAUGCCCAUGUUCUUCCUGGCCUGACCGACAUGUCUCAAUGGCCAAGUGUGAAGAAAGAUUUCAUUUUGAAUCCCCCAAUCCUUAGGAGGGCCCCUGGGAGGCCAAAGGUGCAGAGACACAAAAGUGGUGCUGAGAAUAGCAAGAGCCAGGGAAAUAAAGGUCAGCACCAAUGUCCAAUUUGCAAGGCCUAUGGACAUAGAUGGCAAAGUUGCAAAGAUGCUGCUCCGGAAGCACUAGAUGCCUAUGCUGAAGUAGCAAAGCAAAAAAGGGACAAAAGAAAGAAAAAAUCCAUCAAUACGACUACUGGAACUCCACUGCCUCUGCUUCAAGGUCCAAGUGAUGCAAUUGAAGACAAGGUGGCCAAGUCUACCCCAUCGAAGAAAUCUACAAGAUCAAAGGUUAUAUCUGCUGCGCAUGAUAGCCCUGCAAUGAGCACUAGAAGCAAGAAGAGAAUUGCGCCAAACAACCAAGCAACGGCCCCUCCAACCAAAAAGAAGUUGAAACUCUGAAAUUCUGGGCUCGUUUGUUUACAUACUUCACUUAUUCAUGCAUGUCAUGAUUUAUUGGAGAGGUUGUAUUCUUUUGGUUCUAGAUGAUGUGAACCUGAUUAUGCUUUUAGAACAUGUGAACCUGAUUAUGCAUGAUCUGAACUUGGAUCAACUGCUAUUUUGCUGCUGAAAUAUCCCUGUUGUUUCACAUGUUCUAUUAUAUCCCUGUUGUUUUGUUGAAAUGCUAAAAAUAGAGCAAA